AUGGGCCUACCCGUAUCCCUGCGUGCGGAUACAAUCCGCGACCUCCUUCUAGGAGUCUCAUCAAUCAUGACCUGGAAAACACUAGCACUCGUCCUGGCAGUCAUCAAUCUGAAAAACCUCCCACUAGUCUGGCACCCCGGAGACCCCCAUUUCCCACGGGGCAAAGCACUAGUAACACACACGGGGAAACCCACACACCCAGUGUUCGUGCCAUACGCGAUCACAUCCCGCACCCCCAUUCUAGAAACAGACUACAACUUUCACAAGUCCAACAGCACAUAUUUCUCAGACCUGGACAUCUCGCGGACGGCGCUCGUCACGCGACUCUACACGCCCGGUCUCCGAGUCGUGAGCAAGGAGCUCGAUGUCGAGCUCGGUGAAGCUGCGCGCCGGGAGGGGAAGAAGCCGCCUGCGCACAAGAACAUUUAUGUUGCGCUGGGGUCGGUAUUUUGUUCUUUCAAGAGAGAGAUCAAGCCCUUUGAGCUUUAUGAGAUCGAGACCAAGGUGAUUGCGUGGGAUCAGAAGUGGAUGUAUGUCUUGAGUUUCUUUCUCAGGCCGGCGAAGGCCGGCGGGAAGAGGACGCUUUUUGCUACGGCGGUUAGUAAGUAUGUUGUUAAGAAGGGACGGCUUACGGUUCCGCCUGAGAGAGUGCUCAGGGCCAGUGGGUUCUUGCCGGAGCGGCCGGAGGGCGAUGUCUUAGUGGUUCCGGAUAGUUCAGUCGAGGGGUCUGGGGUUGGGACGCCCGCUGGGGAGGGCAUUACGGCUACGGCUGGGGUUGAUGGGGCGUUGGUGAGGGAGGUUUUGAAGGUUAGUGAGAGUGAUAUUCUGGAGACGAAGUUGGAGGAGGAGAAGAAGGCGAAUGCGGAGUCAUGGAGUGCGGGUGACUGGACUUGGGAGAUGAUUGAAGAGGAGAGACGACGGGGGUUGGAGGUGGUGGAGGGCUAUAUUAAUAUGGAUGUGAAGCUACAUGAUGAAUGGGAGCGGUGA